AAAGGCCAUUGCCACUUUAAAUGACUCAGGAAGUAAAAACCAGGAUGGCCUGAACUUUAAAAGUGAAAGUAGCUGCUUCUGUAUAGUGUGGCCUGCUGCUUGCUUUGGGGGCAGCUGGGCGGCCUGCUCACCCCCCAUCAAAACUACCGGGGGGACGAGGUCAGUUGGGUGAGUUAAGCCCCAGCUGCUCAGAGGGUGGGAGGCGAAAGGGGAUCCGCUCGGCCAGAAAUAGAAGGAUUGUGGCUGGCGAGGAGGCCGCAGAGCAACGGGGCCGUUCCAGUGUCUCUGGGCCGGCAGCAGCUGGAGGCCUGCGCCGGGAGCGGGGAGGCAGCAGCGAACCAGCCCGCGAGCAGCCGCCAGGAGGGGAAGGGGGCUGCAGCACCAGUCAGGCCGCCCCCGGAGGAGGCUCGCCAUGGCCGCCCCGGGGAGGGAGCGCGCCGAGGAGCUUCCCCCCGAUGGCACGUGCGAUGUGUGCGAGCCCGAUGAAGCCAAGAGCGCGGUGGGGCUGUGCGGGGAGGGGGGUUUCUCUUUCUGCCAGCCCCACGCGGCGGAGCACGCCCAGAAGCACCCGGCCCACCGCCUGCAGGGCCCUGCUGCCGCCGGCCGCGCCGAAGAGGAGGCGGAGGAGAGCGGGCCGGCGGGGGAAGAGGCGCCCAAGCUGGAGCGGAAGAAGUGCGAGGAGCACGGGCAGGAGCUGAGCCUGUACUGCAAGGAGCACGAGAAGAUCAUCUGCGUGCUGUGCGCCGUCACCGGCACCCACAAGCAGCACCAGCUCAUCACCCUGGACGAAGCCUACCAGGCCAUGAGGAAUAGAGAACCUGUUGACCUGAAGGUGGCCAUGCUGGAGAUGGUGGAAAGGUUAAAGUUCAAGUGUGCAGACCCUAAAGUUUUUGCUGGAGAAUGCCCUGUGAGUGUUUUCAAGGAGUACUCCCAGCACAGAUUGGUCUGUGAAGAGGAACGGAAAGCUCUCCACCUGGUGGACCUCCAGGAAGCAGUGGCCACUGCUCAUGUCACAGAGGUGCUGGCAGAAAUCAAUGUCCACAUGGCAAAGCUGAUGACUGAGAUGGCAGAGAUCAGAAGGCAGCUGAACACCUUCAAUGAGCUAGCCCUGCUCAAGCCUGAGAGCAGAGACGAGGAAUCCAGAGCUGAUGCUUUCCCUCCAGCCUCACCUUCCCGCACAGACAGGCGAUAUGAUGACAAGGACCCAUCAUCAGCUAAUGGGCCCUGCUGAGACAAGACAGGUUUGGCUGCAGUGGAGACCUUACCAGAAGGAUCCUCUCCACUCUGACUUUGUGAUGAUGAGGAAUGCAGGAAGCGCGUCUUCAGUCACACAACUGCAGCAGAAGCAGCAGCUGAUAUUUUCUCCCUAUUUUGCUGUGUCUUUGAGUCUCCAAGAUAAAAAUGUGAUCUUUCCUCAUUCUGACCUUUGGGAACACACUUAUUGUCAUGUGUAGCAACAUGUUUUGCUGAUCUGCCUCUUCUUAGGAGGACAAAUAAUCUGCUGAGAUAGUACACUGGUCUUUGAAAAUGUGGACCCAGUAAUUAAUAUGAAGAAUGCAUUACAGUGGAAAGUAGAAAUAUGAGUCUAAAAGACAUUCUGGUUUGUUUACUGUUGGAGUUACUGAGGACUUCAGUUUCAAUAAUUCAUUGCAGCUAAGAUUAAUACAUGACAUGAGGUGGAAAUGGUCUUUCAAGAUGAAGGAUUGGAGUGGUGUAGUUCAGUGUUUAAUUUUGUGUUUUCUGAAAGAUGCUGCAUGAAAGACUGCAUAACAACUGAGCAUAGUCCAUAUUUCUGAGCCUUUGUAUGGGGAAGAAAGUGUAUCAUGAAUGACGUUUAUGCUUCAUGAGUGAGGCUGUCUGAGCACAGGUUAGAGAAUCAGGAAUCCCUGCUUUGACACUGGCUUCCCCAAGGGCUUCCAGAAAGUCUCUUUACCUCUCUAGCUCAGUCUCUCCACCUGUAGCAUGGCCAGAGGACUGCCCCAGGAACUCCCAUAAAGCUCUCAUCUUCAGGCUUCCCACUUGUAGCCUCGGGGCACUUGAUAUAUUAUAGUUCCCUAUAACCCCUAUCUGUCCUCUUUGCGUGCUCUGUAAUGUGAGUGAAUUACAGCCCUGCUUAAUGAAAGGACUGCAGCAGAUGUACAGUGAGUAAGAAAUUAGAUGAGGGUCUGUGCAUCUUAGAGAUUCAUCCUGCCACCACCUACUACAAAUCGUUGGCUCACAUCCACAAGGGUACUUGGGUGCCUAAAUACUUAAUUAUUGGGCCAAAGAGAGAAAGAAAGUGAAAGUUGCCUGGUGGAUACAGUACCCACUGGGAGGUGAGUGCAGUCCCCCUGCUCCAAUAAACAGAGUAGAACAGUUUCAAUAGGAGAGACUGGGGGAGCCCCACCUUAGAAUAUCCCAUUGUUCAGUGGUUAGAGCACUCCACUGAGGAGUGGGUUUUUGUGUUCAAAUUGUUCCUCCCCCUCAGACCAAGGAGGAAAUUGAACCUGGGUCUUCCUCAUCCCUGCUGAGAGUGCUAACACUUAGGCUAAAAAUUAUAAGGGAGCUGCAACCCUUGGGAACAAUGAAACUGUCCAAUAUGGGGAGGCUCAUGAGAAUAGUGAUUAGACCCUUCUGAAGAGCUGUGUGCUCACAUUGGUGAAAGAUAAGAAUGCCUCCUAAACAUGCCGCAUUCAGACCCUAGAUUCAGUGAGGUCCUUAAGCAGUGAGCAGUCCGUUGACUUCCUCCUCCACUGUUCUCUUGUUCCUCACUCCUAAUGACUCCUGGCCAGUGUGAAACUGAUUUGCUGUUUACCUUGGCACUCUAGAGAAGAUUUGGGGAAAAAAUCUUAUUUUCUGUGUAGGCUUGAGAUCUACUACAACCAUACUGCUGGAGUACAAGUGGUAUAAGAGUUUACUGUUAGGGAUGAAGGAUGUCAUAAUGUAUUACACAUGUGACCAGAGCCUUCUCAAACAUGUUACCUCUUGCCCUAACAUAUAUUUAGUUUAUACAACUCAGUUUGUUUAGUUUCAGUUUAAGAACAAACAACCAAAACCCUUCUGCUUUCUUUUUCCCAUUUGAUUAUUAAUUGUUACUGAAGAACUAGGUCAAACUCUUUACCGAUAUAAGCCAAUCCAGUUCCAUUGAAGUCAGUGGUAUAACUCUGUUUGCAGUAAUGGUGAAUUGGGCUCUGGAGUUCAAUAGUGUAGAUCAGCCCUGGGCAAAAUACAGCCCAUGGGCCAGAUCUGGCAUGCCAAACCACAGGAUCUGGCCAAUGGACGGUGUGGGGAGCCCCAGGCAGGCUCCCUGCUUGCCUCGCCCCACCCGCACAUCGCUCAGAAACAGGCUGCAGGGCAGUUUCACUUUAAAAACUGAGCCCGGAGGGGGGGAAAGCUUUAGGAGCUGCUCCCUACCCCAGCACAAUUCCAUUGGUUGGCAUCUGGCCAGAAACUGGCCAAUGGGAGCUGCCAGUUUCAAUACAGGCAGCCAUGAAGCAUAAGGGGCUCGUAGGUAUUCACAGAGCACAUGACUACACCCUGGGUGGGGUCAGGCAGGGAGACUGAUUCAGGAGCAGGCUACUGGCUAGUAAGUUUCCUGGCCCGAGCCUGCCUCUGGCACUCCAACCCCUUCCUUCCCCAACCCUCUGCCCGCCUAUUCCACAUACGCAAAUCUUCUGCCCCCCUCCUGCACCUCCAUACCCUCUCCCAGAUCUGGCACCCCAAUCUCCUGCCCCUGAUCACAGUCCUCCUGCCCUAGCUCA